CUUAAAAUGGUUUGCCCCAAGGGUUACAGGAAGUUGUAGCAGCUGCCAUGUUUAGCUGCUUUGUUGUAGAUUUCUUGUAGGUUUCCUGCAGAUUUUAAGUGUUGCAAUGGAACCGAGCUGGAGUACGUUUUUAUUUCAGCACUUGGUUUGGAGUGGACAUUCUCUUGACGCCCAGACCGAACAGGCGAAUGAAGCCCUGCAUCACCAGCACCAGGUGGCCCAGAACAGCCUGCUGCCCCUGCUCAACUCCGGGUCCGACCCGCCGGACCAGAAGCCCGUGCUGCCCAUCCCGCUGGACCAGAAGCCCCCGGUCAGCGUGGCCGAGCUGCUCAAGGACAACGUGGCCAGCGGGACGGGGGGCGGGGGCGGCGGAGGGGGAGGCGGAGGGGGAGGGGGCGGCCUCCCCCCCCACGUGGUGGUGAAGAAGGAGCCCAAGACCAAGACUCCCUUCAUCUGCGGCUACUGCAACAAGGCCUUCCGGGACAGCUACCACCUGCGCCGGCACGAGUCCUGCCACACCGGCGUCAAGAUGGUGUCGCGGCCCAAGAAGGUGCAGACGGCGCCCACCAUGGUGCCCCUCAUCUCCUCCGUGCCCCGGGAGAGCGGCGGGGGCAACCCCUCCUACAUCUCCACCAUCGCCGGGAUCCUCACCACCGCCACCACCUCGGCCUCCACGGGCUCCAGCAUCAUGUCGGCCACGCCCAUGGGCGGGGCGCAGCAGCACCAGCACCAGCACCAGCACCAGCACCCGCACCAGCACCAGCCUCACCAGCAGGGGGCGCCCAAGAAGCCGCCCAAGCCGGUGAAGAAGAACCACGGCUGCGAGAUGUGCGGCAAGGCCUUCCGCGACGUCUACCACCUGAACCGCCACAAGCUGUCGCACUCGGACGAGAAGCCCUUCGAGUGCCCCAUCUGCCAGCAGCGCUUCAAGCGCAAGGACCGCAUGACCUACCACGUGCGCUCGCACGACGGCGGCGUCAACAAGCCCUACAUCUGCUCCGUCUGCGGGAAGGGCUUCUCCAGACCUGACCAUCUCAGCUGCCACGUGAAGCACGUUCAUUCCUCAGAACGACCCUUCAAGUGCCAAGUAACGGCUUGCACAGCCGCCUUUGCCACCAAAGACCGACUUCGCUCCCACAUGAUCCGGCACGAGGGCAAGGUCACCUGCAACAUCUGCGGCAAGAUGCUGAGCGCGGCCUACAUCACCAGCCACCUGAAGACGCACGGCCAGUCCAGCUUCAACACCUGCAACAAAGACACUAACAGCGUGUGCAACUCCGCCUCGGCCACGCCCGUCACGGCCUCGACCGCCAUCACCACGGCGAUGAACCGCGGCAACAUCAGCAGCAACCCGGUCACCAUCGCGGCGCAGAUGAGCAUCGCCACCAACACGGUCAACAUCACCUCGCCCGUCAACCUCCAGCACCCGGUCACCAUCACGGGGCCCGUCAACAUCGCCUCGGUCAACAUCCCCGCCACCGCGCCCAUGAACAUCGCCCACCCGGUGGCCAUCACCACGCCCAUGCCCAUGAACAUCGCCGGGCCCCUCAACAUCGCCAUGCGGCCCAUGGAGAGCAUGCCCUUCCUGUCCCAGGUCCUGCCCUCCUCCCCUCCCUGGUAAAACGACGGAUAAAACGACAACAACAACAAAAAAAAAAACCGCCUCGUCCGGACUCUACCACCCUCGCAUCCAGUCCCUCCCGUGUGCCCGCCCCCCCAGGGCUACGCCCUCACCCCUCGACCCCCCCCUCCCCCCCCAACCGCCCCCCCAGUCGCUGGGUACAGAGGGCAAGGGGGGGCAGGAGACUUCAAACCCAGGAAACGGAGAAACGCGAAGGAGCCCCGUCGGCCAGGUUACCCGGGGACCGACUCGCUCUCCGUCCCCCGAAACGCCGCGGCUUUCUCCACACGCAGCUCCCGGUGCGAGAGGGGAGGGGCGUGACCGCGACCGUACCCUGCGGACUGGAUGGAAGAGGAGGAGGCGUUGUUCAGGGUGAAAGAGGGAGAGGGAGAGAGAGAAACGAGUAGGAGGGAGGAAAACAAAGACUUGCACCUGCUGGUUUUAAUGUUUCAAUGGUAGUUUUGCAGAGCAUUGGAUUUUUAGUUUGGUUUUUUAAUUUUGUUCUGUUUUUUAUUAUUAUUAUUAUUAUUAUAAUUAUAGCCUGUUAAUCAGUAUUUAAUAGCAUUUUAAAACAUUUUAAGGAAUAAAGUCUAAAAAUAAGGGACAGCGGACUUCCAUAGAAGUGGAGGUUUUUUUUUCUGAGAACGUGUCCUGUGUGUGAAUGUGCUUUGUGCAGACUAGGGGAGGACGUGUGGAUCUGAGGUACAGUUGCUGUAGGGACGGCUGACCGGAACGGGCAGGGUGACUUCCGCCCCCUUCUAUCCCACGGUCAUCGUUCUGCACCCUCCAUUAUUACAUCAGCGCAAAAUGGCCCCCUUCCCUUAGUUAGCUUUCUUCAUUCGGUUUUUUUUAUUUUUUUUAAAUGGGAUCGCUUUGAUGUGCUUCUUUUAAAUUGGUUGGCAGCGUACCUUCGCUGUCAUUUUUAUAGGAAACGAGAGCAACGAGUUCUUGCACUGAACGCGUGUCCCGCGUGUACCGUUCCGAGAACCGGAGGGAAAGGAGGAGAAACAACAGUAUUAUCAAAGAUGGAAUGUUAGUGUUGGGCAAUCAGCCCUUAAGUGUAGAGAACGGCGCCAUCUAGUGGCUGGCAGACCGCAUGCUGUGAGGUGGGUCCUAAAGUUCACCAUUUUAUUAUAAUUAUCAUGUUGGUGACAGAAGUAGAGGUUUGCUAGGAUUAUUUUGUACCCUUAAUUUCUAUUUUCUGGAAUUUGAUUUUUAUCAACAUUAGGUUUAUCCUGGAUUUAUUUUUUAUGUUACUUUGUAAAUAUUUAAUACCAUAUACUACUCUUUCCUUAGGGAAAAUAAAGUACCCCCCCCCCCUCCCCCCAGGCUAGAGAUUCAGAGUUGUACAGCUGAGCUCUCAGGCGCUGGGACGUGGGGGCGAAAGAGUCUACUUUACAUUAUGGGUCAAUUCUUAAUCAGAGCCUUCAAAACUUAAACCCUUAACCGGCUAUCUGUUACUGGUGAGAGAUGAAUCAGGUUUGCAUAGAAGGGAGCUUGGGUGGGUGGACAAACCCACCUGCCAACAAAAAGAAAGAAAACAUUUCACUGUUGCAGUGAGAUGUGAGGUGCAUAGUUGCUAUUAAUUUACAUUUAAUGCUAAGCAUGUCCGUUUAUUCACACCUGGAAUUCGCUCGAAUAGUUGUGCAGUGUGUUAGUGGUGUGCUACGUGCUCCAAGCCCCGCCCCCAGCCGCCAAUAAAAAAGAAACACUGCACGAGGACCGAAGUGCUGCGUUAAUUUGUUGCGAGCUCUAAGACUGUCUGACGUGAAGUAUAGAGGACGGAAAACACUAAUAAAUUUCACCCUGUUCAUUUUAACCCGCUUGACGUGGCAGAAGCCGCGAGGUAGAGCAGCACCGUCGUUGUGCUGUGCGUCUUCCUCGCUCACGUACGAGGUGCGGUGUCCCUGAGCUUUUUUCGGUUUUACACGAGCCGUACAGCGUAACUCCCGUCGUGAAAGGAAGUCAACUUCGACAUGGGGAUUGGGCGUGAGAAAAAAAAAAACCGCAAAUUCCUCUUGGGCGCUGUUUGGCUCGUUUUACAGCAAACUUUUCUCUUCUUUAUUUUUACUUAAUUGCCACAAAAUAAAAUAAAGAUGCAAUUAUUUUUUUUUUUUUUUAAGCUUAUCCAUCAGCAGAAGAUUACACCGGGAGCGGAGCACGGCUAAUCCGCUAGGGUGUGUGACGGAAGGAAGCUAACGCGGCGCGGCGUCUGCCCCGGUCCCGGUUGAAUAAAUUCAGCCGUUGGGCUGCAUUCGAAUCUGAUCUUCCACAUUUUAAUGUCAUGGCUGAAUAGGCAGAUUUCUGCUCCCUGCUAAGGCAGAUGAAUGUAUAUCUUUGUACAAAACUAUUUAGUUCUGAGGACGUGGUAGUUACGGAUAGAUACGUGCAAGAGAGGAAGAAGAAACAAGUAAGAUAACCUUUUUAUAAAAAAAAGAAAAACAAACAAAAAAAAACUUUUGUAUUAGAACAUUAACAACGGUAAUUUUGUAUAUAUGAAGACUAGGCUUUCUGAUUAGCAGAAAGGUAAAACAUUCCUACAUUUUUUUAAUGUAUGUCUGUCAAAAAAUAAUUAUGUAAACAUAUGCGCAAUGUUUCCUGUGCCUUUUAUUUGGGUUGUCUAAAUAAAAGAAAAUGAUAAAACA